AAGUACUUAAUAGCUUGACCCCCAUGGGAGCGGCGCCGCGCCCUCCGUGAUGGUGAUAGGCCUAGCUGGAAAUCGACAAACAUGGUAGAUCAUGACACUGCUUCGGGCCGCGGCGGCGGAACGACUUCUCCGACGACCGUCCCAACUGGGCAGCAGGUCCAUACUACCUUUCAGCCCCCAGCGCGCGUGAUUACAGCCGCGCUCGCAGCGGUCAGCAGGCAGCAAGGUGGAUGUGGAUCAUCAUCUUCACGACAGGCAGAAGAUGACAUCGAGCGAGGGCAAAAGUAUGGCCAGCGGGUUGUUUUGGACUUCCGGCGCUGCGACCUGCUUGUGUUGCCAUGGCAGCUGGAGCAAGUGUUUCAUGGACGAGUGGGGGGUGCUUUAUGGAACGGGUGAACAGCUUUUUAUUUCAGCCAAUAUAAUCUUCAUCUUGGUUUUGUAUCAUCGCCAUCCACAUGAGGUACAUGUAUGUAUCACGAGUAAGAAUGACACGUAAAAAAUACAACGUGGUUGCCCAAAUGUCCAUUGUACGCUAAAAACCCGUCCCCUGGGGCGGUCAGGUGAUGACGAUGAACGCAUCAAUAAAAUUCCGAAUCGAAGAUGCUAUCCGAAGAAGAUGCAGAUGUUGGCUCACGAAGAUAAUUGGCAGUCGCAUAGUACAACUUCCAACACAACAAACUGCAAGAGCUGCAGCUUGGCGGAAACUUCCUGCAGAACCGCGCGCUUGCCCCCCUGUGCUUCAGCACGACAAGUAGAAGUGGAACUUCCGCUGCGGCUCCAGGUAACGACCACGCGGAGCACUCCCUACCCUGUUUCCUGCCCUCUCUCCGGGUCCUAGGCCUGCAGAAAAACCGGCUUUCUGGGGUAUUGAAAUUGGACAGGUUGCCAGGGUCGCUCGAAGAGCUUUAUCUGAACGAGAACCGGCUGGAAGGGUUGCAAAUCGACUUCUGCGCUGUAUCAAAAAUGAGAUGAAAGCGGACCUUUUUUGCAUUACAUCGAGGUGGUGCAACGGUAACUGUAACUGUAUGCUGUAACUGUAACUGUCUGCUGUAACUGUAACUGAGAAGCUGCUUCGCCUGUCCGGCGCGCUUGUCAACACUAUACUAAAGUUCUGAGUUGAUGUGAAGAGGAUCAGGCACCACAAUUCGAACACGACAAACACAAACAAUCAAUGCAGUUGGUGAAACAUAAUAAAUGCUUUCCAUUUUUCGAUAAACGCACCGCCAAGACGAAAACGUCGCUACAGCACCAGCAACCUUAUCGCGGUC